AUAGUGGUAAAAGACAUAACAAAGCUAAUGAGACUGGUUAAUUCCGCUUCAAAAGUUAUCCGUUAUUGUAGUAUUGUCUUUCCAUCAGGUCUAUACUGAUGAACAUUUUCAAUAUGUCGAACCAUAUUUUUGGAUAGCAAUAAUAUCCCGUGUAUUUCCUUAUAAAUUUCCAGUCUGAUUUAAUUUAUUCUGUGAUUACAUAACUUUAAUCUUAUUCCUGCAAUUAAAAAUAAAUUGUUAUAACCGUUAUAGUUGUCAAACGAUUCUUAGCGACGUUCAAAUACUCCUAUGCGUUUUAAAAACAAAGGAAUCCGAAUGGAUUUAUUGAUUGCUUACACAUUUGCUCGAAUAACAGAUGAUAUGAUCGAUGAUAAAUCAUUACACAUUGAAGAAAAGAAACCAAAAUUGAAGCUGUUCAUACAGUUUCUUGAUGAACUAUUUGCAGGCAGAAAAUCGGAUUACGAUAUUAAAAGAAAACCAUACAUACCAAAAAUCAAUUGGCCACUGUACCAAUCACAAUUUUCCGAUGUUCAAAUGUCAUGUUGCCGUGCACUCUCUAGAAUAGCGUUCUAUUUACCUCGUAAGCCAUUUUACGAUCUCCUAGAAGGUUUUAAAUGGGAUGUUGAACGUAGGUUGAUUCGAAAUGAAAAAGAUUUAAUGGAAUAUUGUAACUAUGUGGCCGGCAAUUUUGGCCUAACAAGUAUUUUUUUGUUCAUAUAUAGAUCUGAUGACGGGAUGAAUAAUAUUAUCGAAAAACACGAUAAUAUCGUUGAAAAAUCACAGCAAUUAGCACGAGAUUUACAACUCGUGAAUAUUGCCCGUGAUAUCAUCUACGAUAGCGUUACGGUAGGUCGAACCUAUAUACCGACUUCAUUUUUGGACGAUGAAGAGAUUGAACUGAAGGUACUAUGCGAUAAAAAAGACGCUAGAUCUCUGGGUGAAAAUAAGAUAAGGAAAUACUCUUCGAGGUUAAUUCAAUUGUACUACAAAUACCAACCGGAAACUUUGGAUCUAUUCAAUUGGUUGUCACAUGAUGUACGAAGUGGAGUGAUAGCUUUUUAUGAUAUUUAUCUGGAACAUAUUUCAGUCUUCCAAUCAAGUUCAACUUAUCCAACUAAAGCUUCGGUAUCAAAAUGGAAAAAAUAUUUAAUAUUACUUAAUAGUUUAUAUAUUAAAUCAUUUAAAUCGAAUAUGCUAUAUUAGAAUAUUUAAAAGCAUAUCUGUAGUUAAACUACUCGUAUAACUUAGA